ACCACCCUAGUGACCUUAAGGCGGAGAAGAACGCGUCGGUGUUUUGCUAUUGUUUGACUUGGUUUGACUAAAAUUAUUUUGCGUAAAAUCUGUCACAACAGCGACCAGAUGUUCUUCCAACGAGCGGUCAGCGUGAUCAAUCCUCUCCGGGGAUUGCUCUCUACUAAAAGCACUGUGGCUCUGGCUCAGAAUACGAUUACCACGAAAACCGUGGAGGAGCGAGUGGGCCUGCCACGGAAGCCAAAGAAGCCUCUGACCCCGUAUUUUCGUUACAUGAUGGAGAUACGACCAAAAAUGUUGGCAGAGAAUAAGAAUUGGUCAGUGAACGAACUUGUACAGAACAUCGCUCGGCAGUGGAAAGCCGUGGAUGAGGCCAGUAAGAAAAAGUACGAGGAGGAUUAUAAGCGAGAUCAGGCGCUGUACUUGCAGAAGAGAGCUCAGUACGAGUCCAAAUUGACGGAAGAGCAGAGAGAAAACAUCCAGUUGAUGAAGGAAACAAUGGCGGAAGCAAAGGAGAAAAGGGCAUACAGGAAGAAAAUUAAAGAUCUCGGAAAACCUAAGAAGCCUCAGUCACCGUUCCUGAAGUUCCUAAAUGAGCAAAAGGCGAAGAAUCCACAUACGCCUGGAUCUUACCAGGAGUGGCUGUCGAGCAAUUCCGCCAAGUGGAUUGCCUUAUCUGAGAAGCAAAGAGACACUUAUAUUCAGAGCAGUCACGAUGAGAUGCAAAAGUAUCGCGAAGAAUUAAUCAAGUGGGAGAAGAAUAUGGUGAAGCUGGGUCACGUGGAUGUGGUGCGCCAGGAGGCCCUGCUGGAUAUUCCUCCGCCAAAGUCUUCCCGGAAACGUACCGCCAAGCCAUAGGAAUUUUGGUGUCCUCAAUCAAAUCAAGAGCAGUUGGUUAACACGAGAUCAGAGGACAAAAGAGAUUUGCUUGGGGGCACGAGUGAACAGGAUAGUAACACUGGACAAGACCACAAUCGCCAUAAGCCAGGAAUAGAAGAUACCAAUGUUGAGAGGAAGGGGAAACUAAUCAGCUCGCUCAGGUCCAUCUUUAAAUUGGGCAAGUCAGGAGGAAAUCAUUGAGUGCCUCUAUUUUGCAACCACUUCCCGACAUCCCUCUAAUUCUUUAGUAUGUUUAAGACGAAACAGUUUGAAUUAAAAAGCGAUUAAAUACAUAAA